CCCUUCGCCGCCGCCGCCUCCUCCCGGGAGUCGACCGGGCGGCGCCCGCCCUCGCCGCUCCUCCGCCCUCCCCGCCGGCCCCGGGCUCUAUUUAGGGGUCAGGAUCUCUUCCUAGAUGGGAUAAGCUGUAAAGAUGUUUAGUUUUGAAGGGGAUUUCAAAACCAGGCCCAAGGUGUCCCUUGGAGGAGCGAGUAGGAAGGAAGAAAAGGCUUCUCUUUUACAUCGUACUCAGGAAGAAAGAAGAAAGAGAGAGGAAGAAAGGCGAAGAUUGAAAAAUGCAAUAAUUAUCCAGUCGUUUAUUAGAGGCUAUAGAGACAGAAAACAGCAAUAUUCUAUCCAAAGAAGUGCAUUUGAUCGUUGUGCUGAUUUGUCACAGUCUGGUGGCACUUUCCCUAUUGCUAGUGGUUCCAGCCUUACUCUUUUGGUAAGGCAGCUUCUGUUUUUUUACAAACAGGAUGAAGACUCAAAACGUCUGAUCUGGGUGUGCCAGAACGUGGUUAAGUACAGUUGCCUGUUUGUCAAGCAGCUGAACGGGCCUGAGAGACUUACAUGCUUAUUUCAGAUAAAGAGGUUGAUGAGCCUGUGCUGCAGGUUAUUGCAGAACUGUAACGAUGACAGUUUGAAUGUUGCACUUCCAAUGAGAAUGCUUGAGGUGUUUUCAUCUGAGAAUACAUACUUGCCUGUUCUACAAGAUGCUAGCUAUGUGGUAUCAGUAAUUGAACAAAUUUUGCAUUACAUGAUUCAAAAUGGGUAUUAUAGGUCUCUCUAUUUGUUAAUUAACAGCAAGCUUCCACCAAGUAUUGAAUAUUCUGAUUUAUCUCGAGUUCCUGUAGCAAAAAUUUUGCUGGAGAACGUUCUAAAACCAUUGCACUUUACUUACAACUCCUGUCCAGAAGGCGCAAGGCAACAAGUUUUUACAGCCUUCACAGAGGAGCUUUUGGCAGCGCCUUUUACGGAUCAGAUUUUUCAUUUCCUCCUUCCGGCGUUAGCGGAUGUGCAGACAGCUUUCCCUUACGAAGCCUUUCUCAGUGCACUCUUGUUGAUAGAGAGAAAAUGUUCAGACACCAGUGCAGGAGCACCGUGGCUUUUCUACUUUGUUUUAACUGUUGGCGAAAGUUAUUUGGGGACCCUCUCUGAGGAAGGACUCCUAGUAUAUUUACGAGUACUGCAGACCUUCCUGUCUCAGUUACCGGUUUCAUCUGCCCACACGAGCUGUCACGAUUCAGCCAGUGGUUCUGAAGAUGAGAGCGAAGACGCAGAUAAGCAGCUGGGCAGCCCUGAGGGUGGUCGACUGUCAAUACCAUAUAUAACAGAGGAAUGUCUGAAAAAGUUGGAUACGAAACAGCAGACAAACACUCUAUUAAACAUGGUAUGGAGGGAUUCAGCGAGCGAGGAAGUCUUUACAAUGAUGGCAUCCAUCUGCCAUAUGCUAAUGGUACAGCAUCGAAUGAUGGUACCCAAAGUCAGGCUUCUCUACAGCCUAGCCUUUAAUGCCAGGUUCCUGAGACAUCUUUGGUUUCUAAUAUCUUCUAUGACAACACGCAUGAUCACAGGGUCUAUGGUGCCACUGCUUCAGGUGAUAUCAAGGGGUUCUCCCAUGUCUUUUGAAGAUUCUAGUCGAAUCAUCCCACUGUUUUAUCUUUUUAGCUCUUUGUUUAGUCAUUCGUUAAUUUCUAUACAUGAUAAUGAAUUCUUCGGUGAUCCCAUCGAAGUUGUAGGUCAGAGACAAUCAUCAAUGAUGCCUUUUACUUUGGAAGAGCUAAUAGUGUUGUCUCGAUGCCUUCGAGAUGCCUGCUUAGGGAUCAUCAAGCUGGCUUACCCGGAAACAAAACCAGAAGUUCGAGAAGAAUAUGUUACAGCAUUUCAAAGUAUUGGAGUUACUACUAAUUCUGAAAUGCAACAAUGUAUACAGAUGGAACAAAAACGAUGGAUUCAGUUAUUUAAGGUUAUCACCAAUCUGGUGAAGAUGUUGAAGUCCAGAGACACCAGAAGAAACUUUUGUCCUCCGAAUCACUGGCUGUCAGAACAGGAGGACAUUAAAGCAGAUAAGGUCACCCAGCUCUAUGUACCAUCAUCCAGAAAUGUGUGGCGGUUCCGGCGAAUGGGAAGAAUAGGUCCAUUACAAUCUACCCUGGAUGUGGGUCUGGAGUCGCCACCACUCUCUGUGUCUGAGGAGAGACAGCUCGCCAUUCUCACAGAAUUGCCGUUUGUAGUUCCGUUUGAGGAACGGGUAAAGAUCUUUCAAAGGCUGAUUUAUGCUGAUAAACAAGAAGUACAAGGAGAUGGUCCAUUUCUGGAUGGAAUUAAUGUCACAAUAAGGAGAAAUUAUAUUUAUGAAGAUGCUUAUGACAAACUUUCCCCAGAAAAUGAGCCUGACUUGAAAAAGCGAAUCCGUGUGCACUUACUCAAUGCCCACGGCCUGGAUGAAGCUGGCAUUGAUGGUGGCGGCAUUUUCAGAGAGUUUUUAAAUGAACUACUGAAAUCCGGAUUUAACCCCAACCAGGGUUUUUUUAAGACUACUAAUGAAGGGCUUCUGUAUCCCAACCCAGCUGCUCAGAUGCUUGUUGGAGAUUCUUUUGCCAGACAUUACUACUUCCUAGGAAGAAUGCUUGGAAAGGCUCUCUAUGAAAACAUGCUGGUGGAGCUGCCUUUUGCUAGCUUUUUCCUUUCGAAGUUGCUUGGAACUAGUGCAGAUGUGGACAUCCAUCAUCUAGCUUCAUUAGACCCUGAGGUAUAUAAGAAUUUGCUCUUUCUCAAGAGCUAUGAAGGUGACGUGGAGGAACUUGGGCUGAACUUCACUGUGGUGAAUAAUGACCUCGGAGAGGCACAGGUAGUUGAACUAAAAUUUGGUGGGAAAGAUAUUCCUGUCACAAGUGCUAACCGAAUUGCAUAUAUCCAUCUCGUAGCGGACUACAGACUAAACAAACAAAUUCGCCAGCAUUGUCUGGCUUUCAGACAGGGUCUGGCCAAUGUUGUUAAUCUUGAAUGGCUCCGGAUGUUUGAUCAGCAAGAAAUUCAGGUGUUAAUUUCUGGUGCACAAGUUCCCAUAAGUCUAGAGGACUUAAAAUCCUUCACGAACUAUUCAGGAGGCUAUUCUGCAGACCACCCUGUGAUUAAAAUCUUUUGGAGAGUUGUAGAAGGCUUCACUGAUGCAGAAAAGCGCAAGCUGCUGAAGUUUGUAACAAGUUGCUCUCGACCCCCUCUCUUGGGAUUUAAGGAACUGUAUCCUGCGUUUUGCAUUCACAAUGGAGGCUCUGACCUGGAGCGGCUUCCCACUGCCAGUACCUGCAUGAACCUGCUAAAGCUCCCUGAAUUUUAUGACGAGACCCUUCUACGAAGUAAACUUCUCUAUGCUAUUGAAUGUGCUGCUGGGUUUGAAUUGAGCUGAGCGGAAACUGAUGUUGGACUGACACUCUGCAGAGAAUUACCAGUACCUCCUACGUAAGCAGCAGCUCUGCCAGACCCACAGGGCUCUCGGCUGGAUUUCUGCCACUCUCCUUUCUUCCAGAUGCCCUCUUAAGUUCCUCUCUUCCGUCCUUUUUUCCAUCAUUUCUUCCUUCCUUAAUUUUUUAAAUGGUUUUUAUUAAGUCAUGGUCAUUUAUUUAGAUGGACAUUGCUUCUCAAAUAACAUAAACAAUAUUACGUGCCACGUGGCUGCUUUAGUGAUUUUGCAAGAAGAGCACAGUUUUAAGACAACUCAGUGAAAUUAACCAAAGAUGAAGCUUUGGCUUUGUGCUGAUCAAAUUGUAAACACCUUCCUAAGCUGGCAGCACACCUGCAAAAUGCAGCACGUCGCUUACUGUGUUAAGACUGGGCUCCACGAGCUACAGAGAAAAUACUUGUUGAGAUACAGGGUCGGAGGGGUUCAGAAUGCUUACUUCCAGGGGGCCCCCGUGCUUCUCACGUGGCUGAAUUGUUUACAAGCCUACUUGUUAAAACGGAAGGCCUUUUUUUUUCCUGCUGCCUUUUCCCAAAGUGGUUAGGUUUGAAAAAUAGGUAACAAUGAUAAUAUAUUAUUUGUGUGUUUUAAGCCAUUUCCCAAACAGGGGGCUAGCAUGCUUAUUUUAAAUAUAACAUUGACCCACAUCAUGAUGCUUUAGAUGUCCCUUUUCAUGUGGAUGUGAGACAUACAAGUCACUCACUGUUAGACUUCGGUCUCCACUUCGUGCCUGUAGAGCUUUGGGGAAGGGGGCGGGUCUCUCUCCAGUUCCUCUGGCAGAUAUGUUACCUUCAAUAAGUAAUGAUUUGGAGGAGAUUUACAUUGUAACAUCUAUUAAAAGUCAUUUAAACCAAAGUAGCGGGCUUUAUUCUUGGUAUCUGAAGCCUGCCCUGGCCAGCUUCUUUCCAUGACUUCACUCCCCUUCCUUAUCACUUUGGUCUGUGCAAACCAGCCUCACUAAGACAUUAGUUGGUUAAGUUACCAUGCUUUUGCACCCUUCUGCUUCCUCGAGUGGUGCUGCUUGACACGUCGGUGGGGGAGUUACUGAACGUGUUUCCAGGGAAGAAAGAACAUUUGCUGAUUCUCUAGUAAUAAGGCACUUUAUCAGGACCUGGUUUGUGUUGCUCUGUGAUUUCUGUCACUCCAGAUGGAAAGCAUUUCAAAAUGCCAACUCUGACAGCACAGCGAUCCUUUGCUAAUGUCGGGGGGAAGGAAUCCGAGUUCCUCAUCUCUCCUUUGUCAGCUGUUCUGCUGUCACUGGAGGCUCUGUUGGAUGUCAUAUUUAAUAGACCGUAAUUAGCAAUAUACUGUACUUCUAAAUGCAGGAAAACUGAAUGACACUUUUAAGACGAUGACCAUUAUCAAAACAAAAUGUAUAAUUUCUUAAUUUGAAUAAUAAAUUAAGUGUUUAAAUGCUAUUUGUAGUCUUGAUAUACAAAAAUAAAAUAACUAGGGUUUUGUCUUUGGUUUUAUUUUUACCUUAGGUUGUUUUAUGUUCUGUAUCUUCUUUACUUAUUAAUUUGUAUAUUUUGUUACUCAUAUUUUGAAAGUGGAAUAUUUGGGGAUGAAGAAAAAUUGGCAAUUACACUUUAGUUUUUUUCUCA